UCUGUGUCUCUGCCGGGCCUCCCUUGGAGCUCCGCAUCUCCGCAAUCGUGAAGGUAAGUCCUACGUACCCACGGGAAAUGCAGGCCUUCCCAGGAUGGCAGAAUGAGGCGUGCCCAGCGGCUGAGUUUCUGUUUGGUUAUUUCCAAUUCAAUUACCAAUAAGUAGUUGGUCAUCUUAUUAAUUGGGCUUUUUGCAUCCACAUCAACCAUGGCCCCUGUCCAAAUUCCUACUCCUCUCCAAUGGUGCUGGAAAGCCUAAAGAAUUCAAAUUAGGAUCCAAACGGGACUGGUGCCGAGCGUGAAACCCAGGGCAAAGAUGUUCUACUAUCCCAACGUGCUUCAGCGCCACACAGGCUGCUUCUCCACUAUCUGGCUGGCAGCAACCCGAGGCAGCCGGUUGGUGAAGCGUGAAUACCUAAAAGUGAAUGUAGUUAAGACCUGCGAGGAAAUCCUCAAUUAUGUGCUGGUCCGAGCGCAACCUCCAGUGCCUGGGCUGCCCCGCCCCCGCUUCUCCCUCUAUCUCUCCGCCCAGCUGCAGAUCGGUGUGGUCAGGGUCUACUUUCAACAGUGCCAGUACCUUGUUGAGGACAUCCAGCAUAUCCUAGAGCACCUGCACCGGGCCCAGCUACAGAUUCGCAUUGAUAUGGAGGAGACUGACCUACCUAGCUUGCUUCUUCCUAACUGCCUGGCCAUGAUGGAGAUGCUGGAAGAUGCCCCAGAACCCUUUUUUGGGACGAUGUCUGUGGAUCCUAGACUUCCUAGUCCUUUUGAUAUUCCUCAGAUUCGACACCUUUUAGAGGCUGCAACCCCGGAGAAAGUCCAUAAGGAGCCACUUCCUCAAGAGCCAGGGAAGCCAGACAGGACCUUAGCCACAGUACAGUAUCCUGAGGUCAUCACGCUACAGGAAGCAGAGCCCAUUCGCAUGCUGCGCAUUGAGGGGGAGCAGGAUCUCCCGGAGAUCAGCCGAGGGGACUUGGACCUGUUGAUCGCAGAGGAAGAUGAUGCCAUAUUGUUAGAGGAACGUCAGAGAGGCAGGCUCCUCCGGCGCCGGAGAGCUUCCCCAGCACUGGAUGAAUCCAAGGAAGAACCCCGGGCCCUGGAAGGUGAUGGUAUGGUCCCCUCACUCUCGCCUCCAGCUCCUGCACAGGUUGAAGGGAUAAGAGAACCACUUCCAAGCCAGGUCUUCACCCCUGAAGUACUGAAGUUGACAGGCCUGGAGCCUGGGGCCCUACUCACUGAGGUGACUCCCCCUGAGGAGCUGCACUUGCCUGCCCCACCCAGUGCAGAGAAGAGGCCCCCAUCUCCUCGGAGCCCACCUGGCCGCCGACGCCGACGCCGUCGCCAGUUACUAUUCUGGGACAAAGAGACUCAGAUCUCCCGGGAGAAAUUUGAGCAACAACUGCAGACCAGGGCUCACUGCUGGGAGUAUCCGGUGAUCCAGCUUCCCAAGAGGAUGACCAGAAGCCCAGCAGAGCUCUUCCAAACUCCAACUCUCUCUGGCUGGUUAUCCCCAGAACUACUAGCUUUAUGGACCCGCUGUGCCCAGGUGCCUCCAAGAAUGCUCAGACAAAGACCACAGCCAGAGAUGGAAGAGGUGUCUGAGGAAAGAAGAAGGACUGAAGCUCUGAGUGAGAUUGAGGUUCUGAGGGAAGCCCAGGAGCCCAGUGGUCCCCUUAUGCUCUCUUCAGAGCUCUCCCUAGAAGCAGCUGAAGAGGAAAAGUCUCUCAUUAGCCUCAUCCCCCCAGAGGAACGGUGGGCCUGGAUGGAGGAAGGGCAGCCAGAGGCCCCUGCACUGCCCAUGCUGCCUGAACUCCCCGAAGUGCCCAUGGAGAUGCCCCCAGUGCCUGAACUCCUCUCUUCAGAGGCUGUGCUAAGGGCAAUAGCACUGGAGCUACAGGCCAAUAGAGAGACUGACUUUGACAGCCUGGUGCCCCCUCUCAGCCCCCGGAAGUUGGCUUCUCGGGUCUUCUAUUUGCUCUUGGUGCUGUCCACACAGAAGAUCCUUCUUGUGAAACAAGAGAAGCCAUAUGGGCGUCUCCUGAUUCACCCUGGACCCAAAUUCCACUGAGCAAGUUCAUUACACCAAAUCCUGUAUCACUGGAC